CGGCAGUGUGUGCUCAGUGGCUGCUGCUAUGGUGCGUAGAGCAUCGAGACGUUAGUGGUCAUAUUAACGUCCCGGGUUAGAGUGAACGGCGAGUAGAGUCGCGGAAGUAAACAACAAAGGACUGAAGCUUUGGAGAAUAUGAACAAAGUGGACGCACCAUGCCGACCCGCCGCCUCUCUCAAAUUCACCAUUGACAGCAUCCUCAAUCUCAAGACAAGCGGGAGGAACUGUGACAGUUGUCACCCCGCCGGACUGCGGGAUGAUUCGGCCACGGCGACGCUUAAAGACGGUUUCCAGAGCGCGCACGAGGAGCACGUAGGCCAGCAGCGGCGUGACCCGGGUAGCAGGCUUAACGAGAAAGAGUUGAUCACGGACUGCAACGGAGCGACGGAUUCGGUGAUCAUCAGCCGCGGAGACCCGAAGACAGCGGCGGCGGAGGUGCGCUUCGAGAGCGGGGACAGCAGCUGCGACGACAGCAGUUCCACCACCACGGCCGCGGACACCCAGAAAGGAGGCAGCCCUGCCAAGAAGAGCAAAAUGAUAACGAAAAAGAAGACGCGCACUAUUUUCUCCAAGAGACAGAUUUUCCAGUUGGAGUCUACCUUCGACAUGAAACGCUAUCUGAGCAGCGCGGAGCGCGCGUGCCUCGCCAGUUCCCUCCAGCUCACGGAGACCCAGGUGAAAAUAUGGUUUCAGAACCGCAGGAAUAAAUUGAAACGGCAAAUCUCGACCGAAAUCGACGGACCUGUUACCGAUUUCCCUGAGACUGGAAAGCCCGUGGUGGUGGGGCAGCUGCCGGCCUUGUAUAAAGAGAGUAGCCUUCUGGGGAGAUGCCUGCUUCCCAUGCCUCUGCCCGUUGUGUACCCGGGGAGUAGCACGCCUUACCUCUGCUUCACAAACGCCAGCAAGUACUUCAGCCUGUAUGACGGGGACGUAUGAUGCUUUCAUUCCUUCCCAACGUGAAAGAGACACUUUUUUGGUGGUCUGUUGCCAAGUUUCAAGCAUUUAAGGUGUUUAGAUGGUGGGCCGGAGCUGCGGCCCUUACCGUUUAUCAGGACUGCAAGUACAACGACAGAGGAGUAGUUACAUAUCACUUACAAAAUAAGCUGGAUCGGUAUUAUUUAUUUUUCAGUCAAAGCUAUGGCUUUUUUUAUGGAGCUGAUUGACACUAAACCUGCUAGAGUAACACAGCCUUUUUUAUUUUUUUUAUUUUUGGAAAUAGCAGGCUAAGCUAAUGAUAGCCCGAGGGGGGCCUAAAAC